AUGGAGGACAACACGAAGAGAACCAAGCUGCACAAGUCCCUGCAGCUCUGCAUUUCCAGGAAGCUCAAGAAGAUCCCCCGUAUCCACAUCCCCAGCUCAAACAUUCCAGUAAACAUAGCCAGUAGGCGGCUUCUCUCCACCUGCAGGUUCCCACGGACCCCAUCGCUGGACAUCGACCAGGCUGCUGCCGCCGACAACAGUAGAGAGCAGGCAGCGACGCUCUCCGAUGUCGACCGCUUCCUCUUCGACAACUUCAGGUCUCUCUACAUCCAUGACCGUGACGAAGAUGUGUGCCUGUCCUCGUCUCUGGGAACAUCCAGCUCCCUUGCCAACGGGACGCAGCCAACUGCAGAAACAUCAUCGUUGUCUGAGUCGGGUGCAGAAGACAUCAGAGAAGCCAGCCCAGGUGAUGAACACGGCAACAAUACGGCCAUAGUGCUGUUCUCCAUUGAUCCCUACACAGACUUCCGGGGAUCCAUGCAGAACAUGACAAAGAUGCACCAUUGUCAGGAAUCUAAGACACUGGAUUGGGACUUCUUGGAGGAGCUACUCUUUUACUACCUGCAGCUCAAUGAUCAAAGUGUGCACAAGUAUAUUCUCAAGGCCUUUGCUGACCUUACUGCUGGAACCCACAAGGAUAACCCAGUCCAUGGAAAAGAGUACUGGGUUGGCAAGAGCAAGAUAGAGUUAAAUCACCUCUAG